AAAUAAAAGUGCAGAAACAAGCCGGUGGCUCCCAGAGCGGCCGGGGCGGGCGCAGCGGGAGCCCCCAGCGCAGCGCGGAGCUAAAGCGCGGAGCAGCGCAGAACCCACCUGCCUUGGGAGUCAGCACCACUCGGCUCCUCGCUCCGCACCUUUUCCCCUCCGCGUACUGAGCUCGUGAUACAUAUAUAUUUUCUUCUUUUUUUCAUCCCGCCCCCCGGCUUUUCCUCCAGGACUUUUCCACCGCCUUGGGACACCCGCAAACUUCUCCCUCGCUCCCCCUUCGCUGGUGGUUUCGUGCUUGUUUUGGUUUUGCUUUGCUACUUCCAAUUGUUUUUCUGAGGGAAGACCCGCCUGCUUUUCGCCUCCCGUGCCCCACCGGAGAGGCCGGGAGCGGCUCCGGCAGCACCUCCCCGGCGCACCGCGUGAGUCCGGCCCGGCUCGGAGCGGCCCGGCUCGGCACGGCACGGCUCGGGCGUUCGCCCCCGAUAAUGCAGAGCUACAAGUACGAUAAGGCGAUCCCGCCGGAGAGCAAGAAUGGGGGCAGCCCGGCGCUGAACAACAACCCGGCCAAGAGCAGCAGCAAGAAAGCCCUGCUCAUCUGCCUCGACUUUCUCUGCCUCGUCAUGGCUGGGUUGCCCUUCCUCAUCAUUGAAACAAGUACAAUCCAGCCCUACCAGCGGGGCUUCUACUGUGAUGACGACAGCAUCAGGUACCCGCUGAAGUCGAUGGAGACUAUCAAUGAUGCAGUGCUGUGUGCCGCAGGCAUCCUCAUUGCCAUCCUCGCUAUUAUAACAGGAGAGCUCUACCGCAUCCACUACCUGAAGGAGAAAUCAAGGUCCUUCAUCCAGAACCCCUAUGUGGCAGCACUCUACAAGCAGGUGGGAUGCUUCGUUUUCGGCUGUGCCAUCAGCCAGUCCUUCACAGACAUUGCCAAAGUGUCCGUCGGGCGCUUGCGGCCACAUUUCCUGGAAGUUUGUGAUUUGGAUUUCUCCACCAUCAACUGUGCUAAGGGAGUUUACAUCCAGAACUACACCUGCAGGGGAAACGACAGCAAGGUCCAGGAAGCCAGGAAAUCCUUCUUCUCUGGGCACGCGUCCUUCUCCCUCUACACCAUGCUGUAUUUGGUGUUUUAUCUGCAGGCCAGAUUCACGUGGAAGGGAGCCCGCCUGCUCCGUCCCCUCCUCCAGUUCACCCUCAUCAUGAUGGCGUUUUACACCGGCCUGUCCCGUGUGUCAGACCACAAGCAUCACCCCACCGACGUGCUGGCAGGCUUUGCACAGGGAGCCCUGGUGGCUUACUGCGUGGUCUUUUACGUCUCAGAUCUCUUCAAGCCCAAGACAAAGACUUGCCUGCCUCCACCACCCAUCCGGAAAGAGAUCCUUUCACCUGUGGACAUCAUUGAGCGGAAUAACCAUCACAACAUGGUGUAGACAUUUGAGAAAUUGGAUGGGUGUUGUAUUUUAUUUUAAUUUUUUGUUUCUUUUUGUUUGUUUGUUUUUGAAAAAGAAAAAAAAGUGACUGCUGACAGCAACUACCUGCUGCUCUCAAAUCUCAUCAGACAGUAGAAUGUAGGGAGAGACUUUCUUGCCCGACUGGUAAAGUCUUACUCUGUGGUCUUCACAACUUGCAACAUUUGGAUUGAAAGGGGUUGGUGGUCAACUAAGUCAAAGCGACAAUGGGAAUGGAAUAAAAACACACAAACCACAAAAGCUGAACAAAGAGAGGUGCCGGAGUUCUGGAUGUGCAAUUGGUUUGAGUGUUCAUGUUGUAGUGAACGCCAAAUUGUUCAUAGCCUAAUGAACGCUAAGGGAUUUUUGGAAAGCUGGCCAUCUUGGGGUUUUUUUUUUACUAUGAAGAUUUCCAAUGCCUGCGAGAAAAAAAAGAACAACUCACAAGUAAAUUGUGUAGCACUACAUGCAAGAAACAGCACUGAGUAAAGAUCUGGGAUUGGUUUGUAAGAGUUGCUUUUUUUUUCUCUUCUUUUGAUACUAGUGUAUUUUUGCCUCCUCUAUUCCAUACUGUGACUUAGUUAAGAAGAAGCUUGCCCAGUCCAAGAUCUCCAAAGGGUCUCUGUUCACACUACAUGUAACGAGCAGUCCUGAGACAUGCAGUGAGACUGAAUAACUCUGUAUAGAGAAGCCACAUUUCUUCCUCUCUACUCACUCAUGAGGGUUCAUCCUGCCUGAGCCCCCGGGCAUGUACAGCACCCACAAAUGGCCCUUCAUGAAAAGAGCAUCCCCAGUCAUCCCUCCUUCAAAUCCCAGCAGAUUUUGUGUGCCCACACAAGCUGACAAGUGGGUAGCAGCAGCUCUGCUGAAGACGCAUUCGCACUACACCCUCGGGGCUGAGUCCUGGGGUAACUUUGAUUCUGCAGUUUCGGGACGGGCUGCUGGGCGGCACGUCCCAGCCUGGGUGUCAGUUGGUUUGUGCAUCCCUCCUUCCUCUUCCUCCUCUUCCUUGGGCACCCCGGCAUGCGCCACGGGAGGUACCAGGUCCUGUGCUGCACUCGGUGACACUGGUGGUGAAUCAGUCGUGCCUAUAUGGAGUGCGAUUCCUUUUCCUUUUUCCCAAUUUUGAAGUUUAUUUUUUCUUGCCCAGAAGCCACAGGUUCUUGGUUUGCAGCCCUUUCACAAAGCGUGUUUGCAAAGGGAUCCCGCAAAGCAUGCAGAACGGCCAUUUGCACAUCCUUCUCACAGAAUCCGUCCUAUCAUUUCAACUAUAGCAAGCUAUGAUUUUUUUUAUAUAUAAAUAUUAUAUAAAUAAUGUAUAAAACCUUAAAAAUUAACUAUGUAAAAUAUUAUUUCUGAAACAAUUUUAGAUAUAUCCACUAUGACUAUAAACUGUGUCCUGACCUGUGUUAUUUACAUUUUGCUGCUUUAAAAAGCAUUUGAAUUAAUUUUUUUAUAGUCGACUAAAAUAUUGUAGUUCUGUGGUAGUAAUAUUUUAAUGAAAAUAACUACAAUUAGAGACAUUUGUAUAAAAAAAUUCAUAUUAAAUUGUCUGUAUUUUUGUAAUGUUCCAUUUUGUAAAGAGAAGAGUAUUCAAAGACUUUUGUAGAAUACAAAAUUGAAGUUUGUAUCUGCGAAAUUAUUGCUGUAUAAAUGUGCUUUUUAAAUAAAAGCUCAUAACACAACUAAA